UAAAAAAAAAGACGUUUUUUCUCUAUUAAUUUUUAAGACAUUUCUAAUUAUUAACAUUAGACAAUAUUUUUUAAAAAGUUUGUUAAGCUACAAUUUUCCAAUUGAAAUGACGUUAAACCAAAAUUCACAAAAAGUAUCCAUUCAGGAUACUAAACAACCAAAACAUUGGUGGCACUUUUGGAAAAGUGAUUCUUCAAGUGACGAUAGUCUAAUUAAUGAUAAAAAAAACGACUUGGAGAACAAAAAAGACUCGUCUGACAUAACCAUUAAGGUUAAAACGAAAUUCGGUUGCGUUUGUAUGUCAAAUAUAUUGCAUCAUUGGUCUCGAGGGCGUACGUACCACCUACAAGUGAAUAUGAUGGAACCUUGUAUAGAAAUUUUAAAUGCGAUAGCGGCGCGCAAUCCUAAACGCAAAGAGUGUAUAUUAAAGUGUCCCCUUGUUUUGAAUCGUAAAGAAUUCAUUGAAAAAGAUCGUUUAGUACUUUUAUACAACAUCAAUGAAGACUCUGAGAUGGAAAUGCUAAUGCCAUUAUGGUACAUUGUUUUUUCGGAUUGCCAUUAACAUGAAGCUUUGCCUAAAAAAAUAUUAUUCGACAAAACGAAAUGCCUUGAAGACAGUAAUACCCUUAUGUUUUGAAAAAAAAGAAAAAUACCUCUUUGAGAUGAAUCCUAUGUCUUCUGGAAGAGCGAAAGGCAAUAAUUCAUAAAUAACAAAGGAUCAAGUGUGACAAUGUUUGUAUUCACCUUACAAUGUCUUUUAUGUAUAUGAACGUAAGAAAACAAAAUGUUGAUUGAUUUUAAUACUAAUAAAUUCAGAAAAAUACAAAGUUGAUUGUUGUUAGUACGAUUUAAAAUAGUGGUAUUUUUUCAAGAAUAAUGUUUACAUUCAAAAACACAUUUUCGUCUUUUUCUCAAAAUGUUUAAAUCAAUUGCUUAAGUACUUAAAAUUUUGAUUCAAGUU